AUGGAAAAAUAAUAGCAUUUGGAUAAAAUUAAUUAGAAAUCUAAAAAAUAAUAAGUGGUUUUUAAUAAUCCUUUUUUUAAAUAAUAAGAUGAUCAAGAAGAAGAAGAAAAUUUAAUUGAAAACAAGAUUCAAUAGCUUCAAGAUAUUUAAGUUCUUAUUCCUAAAGAAAUAAAUUUAUAAAUAUAACAUAAAGUCAAAAGUCACAUAAUAGAUCAUAAAUUAAAAAACAAUUAUGAUUAUGUAAGAUUAAAAUAUAUUAUACGUAUUUGGAGAGAAUAAUCAGUUAAGUUAAAAAUAUCUGAAGAAUAGGCAAAAUAAUAAAUGUUUAAAGCAGCUAAAGAAAACUUAAUUGAUGAUAUGAUUAAGAAUUAAAAAUAUGAAAAAUUGAAAUAAUAAUAAGAAUAAGAAAAAAUAAAUGAAGCUCAAGAAGAUGAAAAAUCUUAAAUUUUAGAAUUAGAGGAAAGAGUAAAACAAAAAAAAUAAACUGGUUCAACAAAACCUGAGUAAUAAAUGGCCACUUAGACUUAAGUAGAUUCUUUUGAAUAGAAAAAUGAUUUAUUCAAAAUGCCUGAUUAAGACUUAUUAUAAUAUAUUCCAUAUUGUACUGAUAUAUAUUUAGGUAAAGAUUGA